CACACUCACAAACAAACAAGCUUCUCCAUCUUUUCAGACUCCUUGAGAAGAGAACUCGAAUUUGACUUGACUUGACUCAACUGUCUAUUACACACAGCUCUCCACUAAAAGCAUCGAGCUCUUACACAACAACACACAACAACUGUUGUCAACACAUCACAAACCCUAAACCGGUUUCACUCAACUCUUUCUCUCAUCAACAAACUCACUCACAAUCACUAUGCCUUCUUCUCAAGGACAAAGCUGGUGGGCCCGCCACUGCACCCCCCGACCUCCCAUCAACAGGGUCGUCGCCUGCCCCUGCCACUACUGCUACAACAAGCCCGCCUGUGAGCUCGACUACCCCGAGUCGUCCAACUGCUCCGAGACGAACACCCCUGCUCAGUCGAGACCCGUCAGCCCCCGAGGCCGCACCAGCUCGUCUUCGUCUUUUCACGUUGAGAAGGCCGAGAAGCAGUAAACGACACACUCGAUCACCGAUAUCAUUCAAAUCACAAAAAGCGAAUACGUCUUUGAAGAUCUUUUAGAUACUAUAGGAUCUAUACACUUUCGGUUUCAACAUUUUCUUUUGUUUAUUUCUCUCUCUACUGAGAUUGAAUACAAUAUAAAACGGGCGCGAAAAAGCACCAACGGCGCUUCUCCCGAUCAGUUCGGGUUCGGCGUCCGGCCCCACUUGGAGCGGCCAGGCCGGACAAAAUACACACACACACACAGACACACACAUUAAGGAAAGGGAUGGGAAGGAUUUGGCAAAGGAGGGAGGAUACAUAAUACGAGCGGAUAUUGGGUCUUAGCGAUGGAAUUUUUGUUGGAAUACCCCCCUUGAUGGAAUUUAGAGCC